CACAAACUUAGGAUUAAAGGCUGAGGUUUUGAUAAGUGUGUUGCUGAUAAGUAAAGGGGCUUUGGAAUCUGAGUGUCAGAAAUAGCGCUGGGCUGUGGCUCAAUCAGUCUGCCAAACGUGUUUUUGGCUCCGCCUCAGUGAAUGCAUUCGGUGUUUCAGGUUUUGCUUCAAUGUUCUCUGUACGUCUGGCCUCGUUGGUGUGAGCCCGUGCAUUUGGAAUGAAGAAAGCGAGUCUUCAAGACUCUGCUUAGUGUAGCUCCAGCACUGCAAGAAUUUGAGCCCAUUUGUGACAGUCUCCUCGAAGCUUUUGUAGUUUUACAGUUCGGGAUUUGUACGCUUUGCAGUUUUCCUCACUCUGUUAUGUUAUCUUCGGCGUCUUCGUCGUGAAGGUUGUUUUGGAGUUUGGGUGGAGUGUUGUUGUUGUUGUUGUUUUCGUCAGAAACAAUCGACAGAUGCAACACGCAGGAGCCCAACUCAGUGCAGAGUGGUAGGACGAAGCAGGGUUAGAUAAGAUGGGUUGGUCGCGAAGCGAAGGGGAUGCAGACAGGGAAUUGAGGCAGCCCUUAACGGAAGAGACACAAGUCAAGGAUGAUUACAACUUGGCGUACAUUACCUUCUUCUUGCUGGGCGUCGGUUUUCUUCUGCCAUGGAACACGUUCAUCAGCGCUGUGGACUAUUUCGAAGUCUUUUACCCCAGUUCUCACAUGGACCGCGUAUUUUCUCUCGUUUACAUGAUUCCUUGCUUCAUCUUCCUGCUGAUUCUCACAUUUUAUUGCCAGAAGUUUUCGGCACGGCUUCGAAUCAACUUGGGCCUGAUUACCUUCCUAUUCAUUUUCGUGUUUGUCCCUGCUAUGGAUGAGUGGUGGAUUACCGGCAACAGAGGCACGAAGGUCACGUAUGCCUUGACAGUCGGUGCUGUCGCUGUACUUGGUCUUAGUGAUGCUCUAGUGCAAGGAAGUCUCAUUGGAUUAGCGGGUGAGCUUCCAGGGCGUUACAUGCAAGCUGUGAUUGCAGGAACUGCUGCAUCAGGUGUACUUGCAUCCAUACUACGCGUGAUAACGAAGGCCACACUACCUCAGACAGUGAGAGGAUUGAAGUUGAGUGCGGAUUUAUACUUCAUCGUGACAGCUCUCCUUCUGCUGAUCUGUCUCCUUUCCUUCAACAUGGUUAAUAAGCUACCUGUCAUGCUGUAUCACUAUAGAAUGAAGCUUAGAGCAUUGGAAUCUACCCUAUCAACAAGUGAACCUCAGGAUGUUAGUGAAUUGGGUUUGAAAACGGAUACAACCGAAAUUUCUCCCACCACCACUACGGACUCAGAGCUGGACAAAGUUACUAAACCUGUGAGCUUUGUGCACGUGUGGAGCCAAAUCAAGUGGUUAGCAACAUCAGUGGCUGUGGUGUAUGUAGUUACCAUGUCCAUCUUUCCUGGAUACAUCACCGAAGACGUGCAUUCAGCUUUCUUAGGGGAUUGGUACCCUGUGUUGCUCAUAGUAGCUUACAACAUAUCUGACUUGGCCGGGAAAACCCUCACCAGCGUCUGUAUGGUGGAGAAUCAAAACCUUAUGAUCUGGGGUUGCUUUGGCAGGCUGGUUUUUUUCCCUUUGUUCUACACAGUUCUGCACGGUCCUGCAAUUUUUCGCGAAGAAGCUAUUGUGUUUCUUUUGACAGCCAUGCUGGGGCUUUCGAAUGGCUACAUGACGAGCCUUGUGAUGAUCGUGGCGCCUAAGAAUGUCCCCGUUUUAGAGUCAGAGACUGCAGGUAUUAUUAUGACCCUUUUCUUGGUCAGUGGCCUAACCAUAGGCUCACUUCUCGGGUGGGUCUGGAUAAUCUGACGAAUUCUUUGUAGAUGUUACAAAAUUAUUUUCCAAGUAGACGUAAUUAUACUUUCUGAUUUAUAUUUGAUUCUUUUGCAUUCGCAACCUACAAGUGCUUGCAUUUUUUUUCUCUCGCAUUGACAGAGAGGUUACUGUAUACUUCCUAGUUCUAUGUAACUGACAAGACAUCUUCCUAUCAUUGAAGUGAACACAGUCUUUGUACUUUUUAUAUACGUUUUCUAAGGACACCCCUGCCA